AACCAAGCCUCAUAUCUGAAAUCUAUCAGACAUUUCUAGAAAAAAAAAAAAAAGAUUUUACAAAGAGAGCUCAGCACAGUGUCUCUGCACAGAAAAGAGAGAAACAUUAAUCAACAAAAAUGGCGGAUGGUAGUGAUAAAGAAGUAGUUGUAAGAAACAAACAGGUGAUAUUCAAGGACUAUAUCACUGGGUUUCCAAAGGAAUCAGACAUGCAUGUCACCACUGGCAAUAUAAAGCUGAAGGUACCAGCUGGUACGAAAGCACUUCUCGUGAAGAAUCUCUACUUAUCAUGCGAUCCUUAUAUGCGGAUUUUAAUGAGAAGCCAAGGCUCUGAUCUAUUCAGUCCUUAUACCCCUGGCUCCCCAAUAACUGGGUUUGGAGUGGCUAAAGUUUUGGAUUCGGGACAUCCAGACUUCAAGGAAGGCGACUUGGUUUGGGGCACGACAGGAUGGGAAGAGUAUUCUCUGCUGACAGCAACCGAAGGACUCUUUAAAAUUCAACAUACUGAAGUACCCCUUUCCUACUAUACAGGAAUUCUUGGCAUGCCUGGUAUAACUGCUUAUGCGGGGUUCUAUGAGGUUUGUUCUCCAAAGAAAGGGGAAUAUGUUUUCGUAUCGGCAGCAUCUGGCGCUGUUGGACAGCUUGUUGGGCAAUUUGCGAAGCUGAUGGGUUGCUAUGUUGUUGGUAGUGCUGGGAGUAAAGAAAAGGUUGAACUGUUGAAGAACAAGUUUGGGUUUGACGAUGCUUUCAAUUAUAAGGAAGAACCUGAUUUGAAUGCAGCUCUGAAGAGAUACUUUCCUGAAGGUAUUGAUAUCUACUUUGAAAAUGUUGGGGGCAAAAUGCUGGAUGCUGUGCUCCUCAACAUGAGAAUUCAUGGCCGCAUUGCUGUGUGCGGGAUGAUCUCGCAGUACAAUCUUGAUCAACCGGAAGGCGUACACAAUCUAAUGACGAUAGUUUACAAGACUGUUCGAAUCGAAGGAUUUUCGGUCUUCGAUUACUAUCCGCAGUAUUCCAAGUUCUUGGACCAUGUAUUAGCGUACAUCAAAGACGGGAAGAUAAAGUAUGUGGAGGACCUUGCUGAAGGCCUCGAGAGCGGCCCUGCUGCUUUAAUAGGACUGUUCAGUGGGCGCAAUGUGGGAAAACAGGUUGUUGUAGUCGAUCAUCGCCUCUGAUUCAGCCUUCUCUUCUCACGGGAUUCACAUAUAGUUUCUGUCAAAGUGGACCAAUUUUAAAUUGUGUGCUAGUGUGAAAACAUUAGGUUUAUCUUUGUUAUGCCACGUCUACACAUCUUUCUAUGGUUAUGCGGAUUGGAUUCUCUCCCAUAACAUCUAAAUACGUUCGUUUA